AUGGAUAGUACGCGGAAAGAAAACAAAGGGAGAAAACAGCCCAUGAAGCCCAACAAGCGCAAGGAGCAGAAGCAAAAAACUGGGAUUUUUAUACGAAGGAAAUCCCUGCGCUCGCUGGGUAAUUUCAUGGGAAGGAUCCUUAAAACUUUGGGCACUUUAGCGCACUUUGGUGACCACGCUGGGACGCGGGAAGCCGAGGAAGACGAUGGUGGGUUUGGACAAAGCGACACAGGGGGAUUUAAGGACUCGCACACUACUUCAUCUUCUUCCAGGGAGUGUAAUAACAACAGCGGCAGUAGUAGUAGCAGCGCGCUGAAGAAAAGCGUCUCGUCUGCCUCUCAGGGCUCAGUCAAAGAGCGCCUGUCCCUGUGCUAUGGAGACAAGACCCCGGGCGUCCAGGGGCUGAAGAACCACGGCAACACCUGCUUCAUGAACGCGGUGGUCCAGUGCAUGAGCAACACCGACCUGCUGGCGGAGUACCUGGGCUUGGAGCAGUACAAGACCGACCUCGGGAGGGAGGAUGGAGACGGGGGCGCGCUGAAGGAACACUGGAGGAGCGCACGGGACGCGAGGGGAGAGGUGACGGAGCAGCUGGCCUCCCUGGUACGCGCACUCUGGACGCUAGAGUACACACCACAGCUGUCAGUGGAGUUCAAGAGCAUUGUGGCCAAGCAUGGCUCACAGUUCCGAGGGAAUUCUCAGCACGAUGCACUGGAGUUCCUGCUCUGGCUGCUGGACAGUGUUCACGAAGACGCCAUUCCCAGCCACAACAACAACAACAGCAGCAGCAGCAGCAGUGCGACCAAGGCCAAAAACAACCCAAAGGGAUCCAGUUCAUUGGAGGAGUCCCUCCCACAGCAGCCGAGAGGACGUCAUAGUUUUGUUCAAGAGCACUUCCAGGCCCAAUACAGGUCCUCUCUCACGUGUCCUCAUUGCCUUAAGCAGAGUAACACCUUCGACCCUUUCCUCUGCAUCUCUCUGCCCAUCCCGCUGCGCCAGACCAGGCCACUGUGCGUCACCCUUGUCUUCAACACAAAGGGGCAGAGGUAUGUGCGUGUGGGGCUGGCAGUGCCACUGUUCGGGUCGCUCUCCCUCCUGAGGAGUAUGGUGGCUGAGGAGGGAAACCUGUCCCCGGAUCAGGUGAUUCUGUCUGAACUGUACUCCACCGGGUUCCAGCGUUCCUUCUCAGAUAACGAUGAGCUGACGGCCAUCGCUGACAGUGACGUGAUGUACGCCUUUCAGGCUCCUCCCACCUAUAACCGCUCCGGCUCCUCAUCAGUCUCAGGGUACCACCACAGCCUCCCCUCCUCCCCGUACUCCUCCAGUGCUGAUGGACAGAGAUUGCCCUCGUCUGGAGCUGUGUCCUCUGAAUACUUAAACCACAACUCGUCUGCGAAAGUGCUGCUGCUCAUCUGUAAUACGGCCGGCUCUGGACAGCAGGCCGUCAGGUUCGGGCCCCCGUUCCUCAUGCGGGAGGACAGAGGCGUCUCCUGGGACCAGCUGCAGCAGAGCAUCCUGAGCAAACUCUAUUACCUCAUGCUGAACGGGCCCCAGUCACAGAAUGCCGGGUAUUUGUUUAAGAUCAGAGUCGUAGGUGGAUCGGCAUCAUAUAGCUUCCUAUCGCCUCAGGACAACAAGCCACUGUUCCAUCCAGCUGUUGACAGAGCCCUGAAGUUUUGUGGCCCUGGUGGACCUCCUCAUGUGAAGCUUGUCAUUGAAUGGGAUAACAAGACUAAAGAAUGUUUGUUUGGGAGCAUUCAGGAGGAGGUGGUGAAGGACGCAGAGAGUGUGAGGACUCAACAACAGCAGCACCUGCAGCAGCACACAUGUACCCUGGACGAAUGCUUUCAGCUCUACACCAAAGAAGAGCAGCUGGCCCCGGACGAUGCGUGGAAGUGCCCUCACUGUAAGCAGCUUCAGCAGGGGAUGGUGAAGAUGAGCCUGUGGACACUGCCUGACAUCCUCAUCCUCCACCUCAAACGCUUCAGACAAGUUGGCGAGCGCAGGAACAAGCUGACAACGCAGGUGCGCUUCCCCCUGUGUGGGCUGGACAUGGCUCCGCACGUGGUCAAGAGGAGUCACAGCAUGAAGAGCCUAAACGGCCCCCCAUCCUGGAGGCAGAGUCAGCAGCCUGGUGACUUCACCUUGCCGCACGAUUAUCUCUACGACUUAUACGCUGUGUGCAACCACCACGGUGGCAUGCACGGGGGGCAUUACACAGCGUACUGCCGCAACUCUGUGGACGCUCAGUGGUACAGCUACGACGACAGCAGUGUGGAUCUGGUCCCGGAGGAAGAGGUUUGCACCAGAGGAGCCUACAUUCUGUUCUACCAGAGGAGGAACAACAUACCUCCAUGGUCGGCAAGCAGCUCCAUCAGAGGCUCCACAAGUUCAUCCAUGUCAGAUCACUGGCUGAUCCGCCUGAAUGGAGACAGUAAGAGAGGAAGUCUUGUGUCUUCCACCGCCUGUCUAUCUUCCUUACCGGACUCUCCUGUGUCUCCAGUCCUUUCUGAAAGUGACUCCAAGGAAGAAAGAGGGGGAUUUGAGAAGAGGCCAUUUGUGCGUGGUCUCCAGGGUCGUAGCCUGAGUUUGAGAGCUCCAAGCAAAACCAAGGACACAUUAAGCAAAGUUCUUCCUCUACGCUGGUCCCUGGGCUCCAAAGACCGCCGUAAACAUGAGCCAGCAGCACCUUCAGUCCAGGAGCCUGCACCGGUGGAGUUGGUCCAGUAUCUAGAAUCUGGAAGACGGCCAAAAUGCACAAAGGAUCCAAUAGAGUCCCUGAUGACUGGACCAACCAACACCAGAGAACGUGCUCAAGGCCAAUCAGCCGGAGGUCGAUCCUUCGGCGUGGCUAGCAUGAGUUGUCUGGCUAAAUCUAGAGAAGAUUUGGUGUGUGAAUCCCCGCAGGUGCCACAGGGGCAGCGCAGGUCUUCUGAGAAAACAGGAAGUUUAAGACGCUCUAAAAAAGAUCCUCUCAGAGAGGAGCCAACUUCUAUCAGCAGUAGUUCUAGUAGCAACACACUGACCAGAAGAAAGGACCCAAAGAAACAACACUCCUUUAAAGACACUGAGUCCAGGAGAAGCAGUGCUGUACACGCGAGCUACAGCUCACCCAGCCUCCAUGAAGACACUUUGGGAAGAAGCAAAGGUGAAAAGACAGAGAGGCGUAAUGCUAAUGAAGGACACUCUAAAGUGAAAGGAGACUUACCAAAAAACCAAGAGGGGCUUUUGUCUUUCCUCAAGGGAAAUUUUUUAAAGAAAGACUCCAAAAAGUCAAAAGAGGAAGAUUCUAAGAAAGCAGAAGAAGGCAGUAGAAGAACUUUGUCUCGAUUGUCUUUGUCCAAUGGAGCAUCUGGAGGUGGGACAGUCGACAAACCCAGAUCCAGCACGUCCAAUCCUAUGGGAGGUGAGCUCGCAAAUGGAAAACUGCAAAGAACGUCAGAGAUUAAGCGUUCCCAAAGUUCAUCCAACAUCCCAACAAAAGCGGACCAGAGCAUUAGGCGGACGGCAUCACUGCAUCGCAACGGGAUAACAUCAAGUGGCCAUGCCGCUUCACAAACUGCGGAGCACAAGUCCUCACACGGGACGCUCCAGAGAAGUCGAUACAGCACAACCUCCCUGGGAAGAAAAAGGACAGUCCCAGAGUCCAGUUUUUAG